AUGGAAGGAAAAAAAAAAAAAGAACAAAAGGAUGGUAACUCGAUUAAUGCUUGCAAGUUGGUAGAAGUACUCAGCAACGAUGAGAGUACCUUCGCAUGUGUUUCGUGUUUUGAAAGAAAUUCGUACGAGACAUAUAACAACAUUUUGGUAUUUGUUAAAAAAUAUUUGAAGAUUCCUUUAUACGUUAUUGACAUUCUAAGUAUAUAUAAUCAUGAUAAUAUAGCAAAGUUUGUUAAAGAUGUAUUUAUAAACUUUAUUAAAUACAUUAAAAGAAAGAAGGCCUUUAAAUCAGUCCUAUUUCUACCCUAUUUUGAUGAUUGGGUAGUGUCCAUAAAAGAAAGCAGAAAUUUAAACGGCUUUGAAGGAAGUAAUGAAGAAAGUGAUAAAUUCAGUGAUGGCAAAAACUAUGAACAAAACGAGUUAUCAGAUUCUUACAAAAAGUAUGAAAGAGAAAAAAAAAAAAAAAAACACACACGAGAUGUUAAUAUGCAUAUCUAUAAUUCCAUUUACUACUUAAAAAAUAAGCUGCUGAAAAAAUUGAACAAAAAAAAGUUCUGCGUUAAAUUAAUAGGUUUCCACAAAACGAGAGGAAUAUUUGACCUAUAUAAGAACUUAUUUGAUUGUAAAAUAAAUAUCUCCUAUUUUGUUAACACACGAGUCCCGUAUUAUAUUCACCUAAACAAAGAUAUUAAUAAAAGACUCUUAAAAAAGAAGAAUUUGUCUAUAGAUAAAAUAUAUACCUAUUUAUCCAACAAGGUAGAUUAUCUAGAUAGUAUGAAUGGAAAUAAUGUGAAUUUAUUUAAAUGUUUUUUCACAUAUUAUUAUAAUUUUCAAAAGGGCAUUAUCAGAAAAUCCAGAAAAAAUGGACACAAGAAAAAAUUAGAAAUUCCAAAUAUAAGUAACCCAUAUGAACAUACAAAUUAUGAAUUUCUAAGCAAUAAUUUUAAAUUGAUAAAUUGUUUGAUAAAUUUGAAUUAUUUUAAGUAUCUUCGAAAGUAUAAAUAUUUUCUGAUAAAUAAAAAAAAAAAGACAUUCGCGAUUUUUCUCUUCACACAAAAUGAUAAACAUGUUUUGAAACGUAUAUGUAAGCGUCUGUACACGCCAUUUUUUAUAAAAGAAUAUGUUUAUACGCUUCUCAAAAGGCAUACAAAAUUGCGUGACACUUUUAAAAGUGCAAAUGCUCGUGUCGAAGGAGACAGCGCUUUCCCCAUGUGCUCCAAAGAGGAUACUCAAGUUCAGCACUUUUCCAUUAUAAGCAAUGCUGAAAAUUGUAAUGAUUUCAAUGAUAACAAAAACAAUUGCUGUGGUAGAGUAAAAUGCUUUAACAUGGAACCAAAUAAACGUGUUUACACGAAACAGUUGGGGAGACACCCACAGUUAUUAUGUCAGAAACAUGUUCGAAAGCGCGCUAAGGAGGAGGACCUUUUGGCGCCCAUUAGAAAGCAGUUCAUACUGAAAAACAUAUAUCAGUGUGAUGAUAAUUACAAUAUCUGUAAUUCACAGUCAAGAACAUUAUUAAGAUUCUAUUUUAGUAAAAUAAAACUGCCUAACACUUGUUUGAUAUAUGGUAGUAGUGGAGCCGGAAAAACCACGUUAUUGCAGUUUUUAGUUCACAUUAUUUCCUCAAAUUAUAAAGAUAUUUUUUUUGAUGAAAAAAUUUUGAACUGUACUCUUGAUAAUAAAACUGAAAUGAACAUAAACAAUAUACACGAUCGAGGAGGCACUAACAUGAGUAAGGAAAACAAGCAUACAAGUAAUAAUCCAGUUUGGGGGCGAAGAAGGUACAAACAUGUGUCAUAUAUGUCCUUUCUAAUGAAAAAGAUGAAUUAUAGAGAAAAAAAAAAAUUAUUUUUUCAAUUUCAAAAUGUGUGCAUAAUUGCAUUUGAAAAUCAUCUUUUAGUAAACAAAACAAUCGGUGAAAAUAGCCGAUACAUAAAGAAAAUUUUCACUAUGGCUUUAAAGAAUCAACCAGCAGUAAUAAUUUUUGAUAACAUAGAUCUAUUCCUUGAAAAAAAUAAUAACUACAAAUAUCCUGCAGAUGAUCAAAAUGAAGAUGUGUAUAAAAACAUUUACAUUCUGUUAAUACAUUAUUUACGCAUAUACGUAAAUACGUCUAACAAAAUAAAGUUUUUUGCAACAUGUAGUGUGCAUCCACAAUUUUUCAAAUUCUCCUUCCUUAAUUUGAUGCAACGGAUGUUAUUCAUUUCGUGA